AGCCCAUCUUGUGUAUUUAUACUGGCAUGGUGGCUGGAACUUUGGCCAUGAUGGGAUUAUAUAUUUGUGGGGGUUUUUUUUUCGUACGAGUACCGUACCGUACAAUACUUGUCGCCUUUCUGCUGGUAUGAUUAGCUAAAAUUGUUUCUCGUGACCUUGAAAUACGGUAUGGCACUGUGGGUAGGAUGCUAGCAAUAAAAGCACGUAAUUGUGUAGAAUUUUUUUUUUUUUUUGCAUCCCGAUAACUUUUCCCUCAGGUAUGUAAAAUCCUGAGGCUGCUCGUAAGUCAGUGCGGGUGUUUGUGUCCCGCCAGUAUGUUACCAUCAUACUGAUGGUACAAGCACGAGUAUUGUACGGUAAGCUGCCAUAUCAUACCUAGCCAAAAACUGGUAUAUCGUAUCAUAUCAUACGGUACUUCUGUUCCUGCCUGGGCAUUCAAAAGCCCAUCUAACUUAGACUACAGUACAGUACAGUACCUCAUGGAGUAACGACCCAAUCCCAACCUGCCGGCCUCCCUGCCUGCAAGAGUUACCCUACUUAAACCUUACGCUCCUGUCCACCCUCUCCCCCACCACCGUAAUCAACCAAUCAGCCUCACUUCACCUUCAUCCCAACGCCCGAUUCCAAACGAUUCUACCCACCUAUCCAUCUACCUACCCAUCUACUUACCCAUCUACUUACCCAUCUACGCAUCCAAAAGGGAAAAAAAAAGGGGGAGGGGGAAAACUAGCAAGCAAACAUGUCAACACCCUACUUCUGGGCGCACCCUUUCCGUUACAUGCGCUACGCCGCGCACCAAUACCCAGCGCUGUUCUGGUCCGUCAUUAUCGGGGUCCAAGGACCCCUCAUAUUCCUCGGGGGAGUCAUGGCUAAGAAGAGGUUUGGUUGGGAGAGGCCUCCUAUCCCGCUCAGUUAUCCAGGUCCGUUGUCGUAGUUAAUUGAGCUUGGAGAAGGGAGGCUGAUGUUCUGGUUAGUGCCGAAUCGACCGCGGAGGAUUCCUGCUGGGUAUGAUGAUGACUAGGUGUGGGAAUUAAGAUGGAUGGAUAGAUGAGGGGAGUGGGAUAUCAUAGUAUGGGUGGGGGUUGGAUUGAGGAGCACGUCUGUGUUUUAGAACAAGGAAACUGGCGGAUUAUUAUGGUACCAGUCUUUGUUCAUUUACUGCUGGUCCCUUAGUUGCAGUAUAUAUAUAUAUAUAAUAUAUAUGUAUUACCGGGAAGAGAGAAGGGCAGAGGGAGGGGGAAAGGGAACGAUGUCUGCUGAUCAGAUCGUAUUUGCUGCACCUUUGUUUAAAAUUUUCUUCCUAG